GGGGAGGCACGGCCUUCCGCCUAGGAAGCGGGUUUCGGAGGGUGAUUCUAUUUUUUUCUUCUAGGGAAUACCGUUUGUGUUGUCUCAGAGUUUUCUGCUAAAAUUCAAGAGACUAUCACCUUGGUAAAGACAAGUACUAGAAAGACAGUGCCAAAGGUGUAAUUGCUAGCCAUCUUACAUGGGACAGGACUUGGUCUGCCCGCACUUCUGAACCGAUGAAGAGAAGAUGGGAAGCAAAACUGAAGCAGAUUGAAGAGCGAGCAUCCCGUUACCAAAGGAAGCCCCUGUCCUCCGUGUACAGGCCCAGGCUGUCAAAGCCACGAGAGCCACCCUCUAUUUGGAAACUGUUUCCUCGCCAAACGCAAGCUUUCAAUUUUGUUAAAAGCUGCAAAGAGGAUGUUCAUGUAUUUGCUUUGGAAUGCGAAGUGGGCGAUGGACAACGUAUUUACCUUGUAACAAGCUAUGUUCAACUUUGGUUUCAUUAUAAAUCCCGAAAACAUCUCUUACACUGCUAUGAAGUCAUUCCUGAAAACACUGUUUGCAAGCUCUAUUUUGAUCUGGAAUUUAACAAACUUGCCAAUCCUGGAGCUGAUGGAAAAAAGAUGGUUGCAUUACUCAUUGAGCAUGUUUGUAAAGCACUUCAAGAGUUAUACAGAGUUAACUGUUCAGCUGAAGAUGUUUUCAAUUUAGAUUCUAGCACUGAUGAGAAAUUUAGCCGCCAUUUGAUAUUUCAACUCCAUGAUGUGGCAUUUAAAGAUAACAUUCACGUGGGUAAUUUUGUGCGAAAGAUUCUGCAGCCUGCUUUUCAUUUGAUUGCCAGUGGAGAUGCUGAAGAUGAUGGUGGGAUUCCAGAGACAACCGGCCAAGCAUUUCCCCCUUUUUCUGAACCACCGAUUAACCAAGGAGUUUCCUGCAGUGAAAUGUCCACAGACACGGAGACGGGAGAGAGCCGGACACGGAAUUCAGAGGCCCCGGGCGGGCUGGGGUCCGCGGAGCGGAGCAGCCCUGACCUUUCCUUCCUGGUUGUGAGGGACCCUGCAGGGAAAAGGCGCCUCUUUGUAGAUCUAGGAGUUUAUACAAGAAACAGGAACUUCCGGCUGUACAAGUCAUCAAAGAGAGGAAAGCCGGUGGUGCUGGAGGCCGCUGAAGAUAACAGGUUUUCUCUCACUGAGUCAGAGAGUGCGUCUGAAGAGGAACAGUACUUCCUGUCUUCUCUGGUCAGCAAUGUCAGAUUCUCAGAUACCUUACGAGUACUUAGAUGUGAUGCAUCCGAGAAUAAACAGAAACAGGCUGGGCAUUUAAAUAGUACCAGCACUUCAGUAGAAAGCAUUGAAGGUUUUCAGGGCUCGCCCUACCCUGAAAUUGAUCAGUUCGUUCGUUCUUUGGUGAAUAAAAAUGGCAUUAAAGGAGGGAUUCGGCGAUGGAACUACUUUUUUCCAGAAGAAUUAUUGGUUUAUGACAUUUGUAAAUAUCGCUGGUGUGGAAACAUUGGAAGAGCUCACAGGAGUAAUAAUAUCAUGAUUUUGGUUGAUCUGAAAAAUGAAGUUUGGUAUCAAAAAUGUCAUGACCCCAUAUGUAAAGCAGAAAACUUCAAAUCUGACCGUUUUCCUUUACCUGCUGAAAUAUGCCUCCUGUCUCUUCUCAAAGAGACCAGGUGGCUUCUAAACAGCAGACAUUACUGCUCGGUUCUGGAGGCUGGGAGAUCUCAAAGUGCUGCCUGAUGAGGGCCAGCUUCCCGGUCAGAUGCAGCUGUCAUGUGGCACCUGUGUCUGCGUCCCCCGUGGCAGAAGGGAGCGUUCUCAGGGUCUCUUAAUAAGGGCACUAAUCCUGUUAGUGAGGGCUCCACCUCAUGAUGUAAUCAAGUCCCAAAGGCCUCGCUUCUAAAUACCAUCAUGUGGGUGUUAGGGUGUAACAGCCGAUUUUAACAAAUCUCUUGAAAGGAGGCUGCAAGCAUCAAACCCUUCAUCUCUUAAUAUUUAAGCUUGUAGCUGGAGAAUAAAGGCAUUUUAUUAAAUUCAGGAAUUUAAUGUUGAUACAAUACUGUAUUCUGAUAUACAAUCCAGUCACGUUUUGACAGUUGUCUAAACUUUUUUUAAAUAGAGAAAUAAGUCUGUUCAGAUAGAUCUACUUUCAAUUUGCCGUCAGCUGGGCUAUCCACUUU